AAUUCCCUUCAAAACACAUCUUCAACUCUCUCUCUCUUUAUAACAUUCACACCUUUAAGUACACAUCCACGGAGUGUUUUUGCUGCCACAAUUCACUGAGAUUCAACUAUUUAUUACUUCAUAUUCAAGUAUUCAGACACUACAAUUGCUCAGGAAAAAUCUCGAAUAGCAUAAAUAGGCUCGUGUUCUGUUUUCAAAGUCAGUCAUCAACUUUUUCACUAAAAAAAAAACCACUUCAAAGACGAACUUAAACCAAUUUCCUCUACUUUCAAGUCUUCAAACACCACCAUUCUGCUCAAUAAAAAUUCAGAAUAGCGGAAUUAGGUUUGUGUUCUACUUCCAAAGUAAGUAGUCGACUUUUUCACAAGAAAGAAAAUAUGGUUAGCUUCAACGAUCAAGAUUUCUUUUCUAGUAGAUGUGUAUGGGUAAAUGGCCCUGUUAUUGUAGGUGCAGGUCCAUCAGGACUAGCUGUGGGAGCUUGCUUAAAAGAACAAGGAGUCUCAUUUGUAAUCUUGGAAAAAUCAGAUUGCAUUGCAUCAUUAUGGCAGAAAAACACUUAUGAUAGAUUAAAAUUACACCUCCCUAAACAAUUCUGCCAAUUACCCAAUUUCCCAUUUCCACAACUCUACCCUGAGUACCCCACAAAGAAACAAUUCAUUGAUUAUCUUGAAUCAUAUGCUAGAAAAUUUGACAUCAACCCAAUGUUCAAUGAGCGUGUCCAAUUUGCAAAAUAUGACCAAUCUUGCAAGUUGUGGAGGGUGAAAACUAUUUCUCCAAGUGGCUCAGAAGUUGAAUAUAUUUGCCAGUGGCUUGUUGUGGCUACAGGUGAAAAUGCUGAGAAAGUUGUGCCUAAUAUUGAAGGAUUAAAAGAAUUUGGAGGUGAAGUUAUUCAUGCUUGUGAUUACAAGUCUGGUGAAAAGUUUAGUGGGAAGAAAGUUCUUGUUGUUGGUUGUAGGAAUUCCGGCAUGGAAAUAUCUCUUGAUCUUUGCAAUCAUAAUGCUCAACCAUCAUUGGUUUGUCGUAGCUCGGUUCAUGUACUGCCCAGAGAAAUCUUUGGAAAAUCAAUAUUCGAGUUGGCUAUGUUUAUGAUGAAAUGGCUACCACUUUGGCUAGUUGACAAAAUUCUACUCAUUUUGACAUGGUUCAUUCUUGGUAACAUUGAGAAAUAUGGACUAAAAAGGCCAAAACUUGGACCAUUGGAACUCAAGAACACACAAGGGAAAACUCCUGUUUUGGACAUUGGUGCAUUGGAAAAAAUUAGAUCAAGAAAAAUUAAUGUUGUCCCUGGAAUCAAGAAAUUUUCAUGUGGCACUGUUGAACUUGUCGAUGGUGAAAAACUUGAAAUUGAUUCUGUUGUUCUUGCUACUGGUUAUUGCAGCAAUGUCCCUUAUUGGCUACAGGAAAGUGAAUUCUUUUCCAACGAAGGGUUCCCAAAAGCACCAUUGCCAAAUAGCUGGAAAGGAAAAUCUGGGUUAUAUGCAGUUGGUUUCGCAAGGAGAGGGCUAUCUGGUGCUUCUGCUGAUGCUAUUAAAAUUGCACAAGAUAUUGGCAAAAUUUACCAAGAAGAUCUUAAGCAAAAAAAUUCUACACAUAUAAGAUGCAUCUCAACCUUUUGAUUCAAUAGAAUCAUAUAGAAGACCCCAAAAAAAAAAAAAAACAGGUGUAAAUUAAUUUUGUGAAAAAAUAUAGAUAUGUACAAAAAGGAAAGCACAAGAUAACAUAGAGAUUAGCCCUCUCCGAAAGGCCAAGUUUUGCUACAGUUUUGGGAAUUUUUUUAGUUGAAGCAGCAUCCAGUCCGUUAGAAAAGUUCUUGCAUGAGUUGUCGGAUCCUCAAAAAAAGUUAAUUGGAAAGUAUCAGCAUAAGUUGUCAGAUCCUUCAAAAAGAAAAAAAGAUCUACUGGGAACACGUUGUUCAUGUCAAGUUUCCUAAUGAUGACGAGGCGUUUUUUUUUCCCUUUACCACUUUCCAACUUUGACUUUAGUGUUUACUGAUAUUGAUCUUUUUGUACAUAUUUGUACAAUAUCUACUGAAUUAAUGAAAGUGACAAAGAUAUUCGUUUACUGUUAAAA